AUGUUGAACAUCAACGAUCUCAUUCAUGGAGAUCCUGAUGAUCCCGCCACUCGACUUGAAGGAGCUGAGGAGAGUCACUAUGAUACAUCCUCCGACGAUCAUGACAGUCCACCUUCCAACCAUAUGGAAAUCACCGAUCCAAACAACAUGUUUGCUUCUUUACCCUCUUACGAUGUCAACAUGACCGAUCGAUCUUCCGCCCCUGGUGCUGAAAAGAAUGUUGAGCAAAUCUGCUCUGAUCUACAAUCUAAGUUGAUGCUCGAUCCUGAGCAUUUGGAGAUUGCUCUCAUUAGGAGCAAGGCUUCCCCUGAAGCGAGACAUGCCAGCUUAGUCUUCACUAAUGGUGCCUAUCACCAACUUGGUAAUAAAGGUACCCAAAAACCAUCAUUUGUGUAUGAUGACACUUUCAGAGACUUUGUCAGAACUAGUGCUCGGAUGUUCUUACUCAAGCCAACCCUUGAGGCAUACUCAAACAACCCACACCAGAAUACCGACAUCCCAAAAACCUUGUUCUACUUAACACUCCCUGAUGCGUGGAAAGACAAUCACCUUCCACCCAGGGGAGUUUGGGCCAAUGUAGAAGUCCUUAAUCACUAUCGCAAGGUUGUUGGCGAACUCUUGAAGUACCAACAAAGUAAUCUGCGCACACUGCUCCUAACAGAAAUCCUUGUGACCAAGAAGAAACCAUUUGUCAGCAAAAUGCCCAAUCAAAAGGAGAUGCUGACUAUGAUUUAUAAAGAUCUCCCACCCAAAUCGUCUAAGCUCACCGAGAAAGAGAUCAAGCAUCAAGUAGAGAUGUCGCUCAAUACCCGGGUACCUGUAGCAGGUGCGGUUACCUGCCUCAAAAAUCCAAUAUUUUUGACACCCGCACCCGCACCCGCACCUGCUAGGGCCGCCAGGAUAUACGAGUAA